AAUAGCGGCAGUAGGUGGCACAAGCGGCAAAGCGGCAGAUGAAGUCUGCUUAGUCAGCGAGAUGCUGUUUAACCCAAAGUUAACAAAGGGCACGCGUCAAUGAUAAUCAGCACCAUAUAAUCAUGCAGCGCGUAUUCCAUGCUUUCUCUCCAGUACUACACCAUACUCCGACAACUGAGCUCGUUCCUGUCUCCUUGAAAAGACUGUUCUUCUCGUUCUUCAGUAAUCCACGCUGCAGAGUGCCCUGAGUACUAUUCCGAGGAGGCCCUGUCCCCCGGCGGUCCACGGCCCUGUGACACUCUUGUCAAUGACGUCCCCAAAGCCACUUCACUUGCACAUCAUGAAGAGACCCAAACUUGAUGCCCAAGGCCCUGAAUCCCUAGUAGAAGCUCAGGUCACCAACCCACCUGUCAGACCAAGGGCCAGAAAAGGGGGGCUCUCCCUCUUACCCACCAUUAGUUUGGAUGUUCUUUUCGAGAUAUUCGGGUGUCUGAGACCGCUGGACCUCCUCAAUUUAGCUCGUACUUCUAAAGACUUUCGCAAUUUACUCAUGCGCAAAUCGAACGCCUUUAUUUGGAGGGCCUCGCGGUCCCUUAUCCCGAAUUUACCCGACUGCCCAGCAGAUCUCAGUGAGCCACAGUAUGCAUACCUUGCAUUUGAUCCACAUUGUCACAACUGUGGCGAAAUUGGUUAUAAUAUCAUCUGGCAGUUUCGAGUAAAAUAUUGCGGGCCGUGUCUGAGAAUCCAGACGAAUAUGGAGGCAGCCUUUUCGAAACCUGUCAUCACUCGGCUCUGUCCAAAUGUCACUGAACUUCUUCCAACUUACACAUUCCGUGACUUGCGCUUACGGUUCACGGAAAUGAUCCAAACUUCGCAAUACGAGGCUCUUAGUCUCCAGCUCAACGGCUUGAGUUGUGCCGAGCAAACGCUGGUUAUCGAGGAUACAAAGAAGGCUGUGCGUGGUAUUCGUGAGCAUGCCGAAGCAUGCAAAGCAUGGCUCUCUGAAGUCAACAGGGCCCGAUCUGACGAGUUACACCAGAUACGAGAGGGGCGGAAGCGAGUUAUCAAGCAGUGGUUAGAAGCAGAAGGGUGGAAACCUGAGAUCGAUUAUCAUUCUUGGUGGAAAAUAUCCAAACAUCGUGCAAUUAGAGAUUCGCGGCCUCUUACUGCUCGAAUUUGGAGCCGUGCCCGCCCAAUUCUAACAGAAUAUAUGUCAGAAAUGCGAACCAUCCGCAUGGAAGAAACGCUCUAUAAUUCUCGACGGAGGAUUCUCUUCCAGGCAUGGAACGAUUUUUUGGGUGAACCUGCAUCAUUUCCAAACACUGAUGUCGACGUAUUACCUCACAUCGCUGACGUUGCACUCUUCAAACCUUUCGACGACAUCAUCAAAUCACCUGCCCACGUCGUAGUAGAGCGUGAUUCCUUUUUACCGGCUUUUGUUGCUCUUCCUAACCUGGCGAGGAACUGGCGAAGACAGGUCGAUCAACAGCUCGCUGCUAUCAUCGCAAAUGGAUAUCCAAAGGACUACGCGCCGGCUGGGACUAUGCGCCAACUUGCAACCAGCGUCUUUGUCUGCAACGCGUGCGAACAGCUCUUCUUCUGGAUCGAUGCUGUUGCCCACAACUGCAGCCUUGAUUUUCCAAAGGGCUCAAACAAAGACAGAAAUGAUUCAUUUAAGGACCGAGUUGCCCGCAUCGCGUAUUAUUCACUCGGAUCUUCUCCAUGGUCUCCAAAAUUCAGGUCCUCCACAGUACUCGCCAUUCAUGUCAUUCGCAGCUGCUGUCAGGAUCCUCGGACCGCAACGCUUGCACAAAUGGACACCAUGAGUACCCCGUUUUACUGUCUCGCGUGCCAUCCUGAUGGCAAGACUGUGAUGCAUUGGAGGAAGGGUCUGGAACACAACCAUUUACACAACAAUCGAGAUAAAGCUUCUCAAGUUGGCAAGACACGACUGCAAGCGCAGCUCCUAUCUGGGAGGCCGCCGAGAACGUACCGAUGCCUUCUAUGUCGACGAAGUGUAGGAGCCGGUAGGCUUCUGAGAAACAUGACUUGCCAUAUCGAGGAACAGCAUUUUGAGUGUUCAAGAAGGAGUCCAUUAUGUGAAAGAGAUAGAUUCAAUCCCAGACGCUGUUACACUUUCAUGGGAUAGCGGACCUGCCUUCCCCACUUGGAUGGAGCAAAACCCUGACGUGUGACGUGUCCAGUUUC